AUGACCGUUUUAAGCGGCCUUACAUGGUUUGAUGCUGCAGCAUACCUUACCGCGGGAUAUGUAUCUUGGUUCAUCGCACUUACAAUCUAUCGUCUUUGGCUAAGUCCACUGAGUCGCUUCCCAGGCUCGCCUCUUGCGAGGGUAACAUAUGGGUAUGAAUUCUACUACGACUUCUUCAAGCCGGGCCAGUAUUUCCGGAGAAUAAACGAAAUGCACCAACGCUAUGGCCCUGUUAUACAAAUCACCCCGGAUGAACUUCAUGUCUCGGACCCUGGGUACUUCAAACAUCUUUUCGUCACAGCAGGGUCUCGGAGGACCGAUAUAAAUCCCGGCGCUUUCCGAGGAACUCAUUUUGAAGGCUAUAUCAAGAAAAUGAGAACGCACGAUACCCAUCGUUUCCUUCGAGCGCCUAUAGACAGAUACUUUUCCAGAGCUUCUAUGAUGGCUGCAGAGCCGCGAAUCGUUAGCUCUAUCAAGAGGUUCACUUCCCGGCUAGAAGAGUUCAGAGACACCGGAAAACCAGUUAACAUGAACUAUGCCACAUUGUCUCUUACUGUUGACCUCAUUUCAUCGAUUGUUUGUGAAAUGCCUACACGUUAUCUUUCAGAUCCGGAAUUUAAUGCUGCAUGGUUCAAGGCGCGAAUGAAAGGAGUGAUGGCGGUCCCAGCCCUAGCUAUGCUCCCAGAGCCUUUAAGGAGCCUUUGCAUGCGGUUUGUGCAGGUUCUUUCAUCACGCGCAUCUGCAAAAGUACCAUAUGGGGACUACAAAUUUGAGAAGAGCUUCACCGAUUGCCUGCGACCCUCUCCAACUGUAAACUUUGACAACUCGAAACGAACAGAGGCACCCAAGCAGCGGUAUGGGGAUGAUAUAUAUGAUCAAGGUGGACAGCUCAUCCAAGAAGGCGGCAUAUAUCCUACGUCCACCUGUCUGCAGACCCUCAUUUUACAUAUGGCUCUGAGUCACAAGACACGCCAGGCCUUACAGAAUGAGAUCAAGACAUUCUUAUUAGAAAGUCCUGGUUCUGAAAUUACGUGGAAAGAGCUUGAAAAGCUCCCGUACCUGGAUGCCUGUGUUAAAGAGACAUUGCGGCUUGGUGGAGGACGUCUGAAACGGGCAACUCGGGUUUUCCCUGAUAAUGAAUCUUACGUUGCAGGAUGGACUGUUCCAAAAGGGGUCGCAGUUGGAAUGACUACGUACUGGAUGCAUAUGGACCCAGAAAUCUUCCCAGAGCCACAGGAAUUCAGGCCCGAGCGCUGGCUUGAGUCAAAUAAGGACCAAAACCCGCUAGCUUAUGAGUAUUUCGUUCCAUACAGCAAAGGAUCAAGGGAUUGUCUUGGAAAACAGUGA